AUGGAACCAGUCGAAUUGUCACCGAAGCCGCGAAGCACCAGCCAAUCAGACCCAAUAGCGACUUCUCAAAGCCCUGCUGCCAAGGUCGAAUCCCAAAGUGGUCAACCUCCUCAAGACGAAGAUGGUUUUAUUGAUGUCCAACACGCCGACGUCGAUAUGCAGGAUAAUGACCCGGAUGGUCCGAAACCAUCGACCCAUCCUUUAGAGCUUCAUCGUUUUGGCCACAGUCUUGGCGAAGUUGAUGAAGCCGUGGAUGACGAAGAUGAUUCAGACGACGAUCGUAAUCUCAUGACGAACCACCCUUUAUUGAGUAUGUUGACUGGACGAUUGGGGGCGCGCCGACGCGGCUCCAUGCAUGAAUGGGAUCGCCUCCAUCCUGAAAACCAGGCGCUCUCCGUAUCGAACGUGGAUCAAUGUUCCUCUCUUGAAAACGAAGCCUUUCCUCCCGAGGAGAGAGCGAGCCGGGAAAAGUUUCAAUAUCGCCUCACCAGAUGCCCCGAGUUGAGCUUAGGAUUAUUUACUCAGCCUACCAGAGCAGAAGCGGAAAAAUUACCCACCCCUCCUCAACGAAGGCUGAUAGCUCACAUUGUGUCUACCAGGAGCCCGUCGCCCAGCGUGACCGAAGCUUCGAUGGGAGUUCCCUCAAAUUGGAGGACAAGACGAUCUUCCCUUCCGUCCGACAAUGACAAAGAACCUCUUGGCCAUCAAGAUAUGGGCGGAACGAUCUGCCUUCAUUCGCUUGCGGUAAUCCCCGAGUUCCAAAAGAUGGGAUUGGGAUCCAUUUUGAUGAAGUCGUACAUCCAGCGCAUCAAGGACUCCAAAUGUGCGGACAGGAUAGCUCUCCUGACUCAUGACCAUCUAGUACCAUUUUACACCGGUUUGGGAUUUCAGAAUAUGGGACCGAGUGCUGUUACGUCUUGCGGCGGGAAUUGGAACAAUAUGGUGAGCCAUACACACGAGCACAUUGAACAUUCUACGGGCGACUUACUAAUGGGGACAGAUACUCGAGUUCACUCACGAGGAUGA